CAUUUUCAUUACAACACUUUCCUUCACUAAUUCUCCAUACUGAAAUCAUGCGCGGUCAUUCCAUUCUGAUUGCCUCAUGGGCUCUUGCUGUAUCAAUAAUACUCAACGGAAGACGGCUUUGCUCAGGUUGCUUUCUAGAAGAAAAACAUGCUCUCUUGGACUUCAAAGCUUCUUUAAAUGUGACUACAAAUGCUCAUCUUAUCCUUUCUUCGUGGACUGGAAAAGAAGGUGAUGGAGCAAAUACUGAUUGCUGCACCUGGGAACGGGUCAAGUGCAGUAAUAUUACUGGGAGAAUUGUUGAACUCCACCUUAGUAAUUUGCCAGGGAGUAUGGAUGAGGAUUGGUAUGUAAAUAUCAGCACUUUCAUACCCCUGAAGGACCUCCGAGCUCUAGACUUGAGUUGGAAUGACUUCAAUGGUGAAGUGACAGGUUGCAGGAAUUGGGCUAAGUUGCAAAAUCUCGAGUCCUUAUAUCUCGAUUGGAACAAAUUCAACAACAGUAUAAUUCCAUUUAUAACCGCAAUUACUAAACUUAAAAGGUUGUCUCUGGCUGGUCUGCAGUUAGAGGGAUUGUUUCCUUUAGAAGAAUUCUAUCGACUGGAAAACUUGGAGCUUCUUGACUUAAGUCGUACUAGAUUUUCUGGUUCCUUGUCGUUUGCAGAAUUGAAGCUGGAGAACUUGAAGCUACUCAAUCUUGAAGAUACAAGCUUUAACAGACUCUCAGACAUUGAGGUUUUAACUUCCCUUAAAGCCUUGUCUUUGAAUGGUAUCGGUAUGAAUGAUUCCUCCAUCCUUCAAGGAAUUUGCCGUUUGAAGAAUCUCCAUGAACUUGAACUAGGUUGGAAUAAAUUUAACGGGUCUAUUCCUAUGUGCUUCAGCAACUUGACAUCUCUUCGACUUCUUGAUCUCUCCGAAAAUAAACUUAGCGGCAACAUACCUGCAGCUCUUAUUACUCCUCUCAUACACCUUGAGUUUCUCUCCCUCUCUG